UUUUAUUAUCGGACGUUGGAUCAUGGUAUACAAACAUUUACGAUAGUUUAUUUGAUGACGGACGGUAACACGUCACGGACUCCGAUAACCCCUUUACAUGAUCCGACUCCGACCCGAUAAGUUGGCUCUAGAGAGAUUACUCCAAAUCACAUAUAACACGUCUGUUGUUAGAUGAUUUCUGAUGAAUACGGGAUGGAUCUACCUAUCGGAUUCGGAUUGUGAUAGGCCUUCGGCCCCUGUACUCGCAUACCGACGCGUAGUUCUGUCGUGGGUGACCGCGUUAGUAAUGCCGACGGGAGACAUGUAAUGUUUGGUUCUGCAGAAGGCCUGACACAUGUCAGACGACCCUCCUCGCCUCGCAGACCCACGCGCCGUCCUCCCCGAAAAAGUCCAGAGAUGGUGUGCGGGAGAAGCAGAACGUGAAGCUUCAGCUUGCAGGAUCACAAGUAGAACGCUUCGCCGCUUGCGUCGCAGGGUGUUCCCGAUGGCGGGCGAACGGAGAUCACAGCCGCUGCAACGCGAAGAAGAAGGGGGAGAGUCGUCGCCUCGCAAACUAGCCCGCGUCUUGUCCGAUGAAGCUGGGAUCGUGACGAUGGCGGCGCCGUCGCCUUUGAUGCUGGGGUUGGGGCUCGGGCUCGGGAGAGGAGUAGGAGCAUCCAAACCGGUGUUCACCUUCAUGCAGCUGCAGGAGUUGGAGCACCAGGCGCUCAUCUACAAGUACAUGGCCGCUGGCCUCCCCGUCCCAGUUCACCUCGUCCUCCCCAUCUGGAAGAGCGUCGCUGCCUCCUCCUUCGGCCACUACAGCUACCCUUCCUGUUUGAUGGGCUACGGGAGCCUGUGCCUGGACUAUCGGAACAUCAUGGAGCCGGAGCCCGGGCGGUGCAGGAGGACCGACGGCAAAAAGUGGCGGUGCUCCAGAGACGUCGUCCCCAACCAGAAGUACUGCGAGCGCCACAUGCACCGGGGCCGCAACCGUCCAAGAAAGCCCGUGGAAGCGGGAGCUACCACCCCGAUCACCGCCACUUCUACACAGCUGUCCAUUACGGUUCCGGCUGUUGGGCGCCAGCUGACUACCGACGCCAACACCGGCAUUAGCGGUGGCAGCCGCGUGUCUCCGCCAGGGCAGGGCCUAUCGCACGCUCGCGUCCUUCGAAACGACGCUGCUGCUUGAUCUGCCUGUCGGAGAGGGAAAACACCGUAGGCACGAGGCAAGUCUGUAGCUGGUGCGCGGUGGUGGGGGGGGGG